UGAUCGAUAUGGAGGCUCUGAGGAGCUCCGGACGGGCUUCCUCCUCCUCCUCCUCCUCCUCCUGCAGACUCCUGCUGCUCCUCCUGCUGCUGAGGAGCUGCUGCCGGGCUGACGAAGAGGUUUUAAUGAACACUAAGCUGGAAACAUCCGACCUGCGGUGGACGAGUCAUCCUGCAGACGACCCUGAGUGGGAGGAAGUGAGCGGAUUGGACGAUGAGUCGAACAGCGUGAGGACCUAUCAGAUCUGCACACCCAACAGCCCGUCCUCCUAUUGGCUGAGGACUCGCUGGAUCCCCCGGAGGGCGGCGACCACGCUCUACGUAGAGAUCCGGUUCACCAUGAUGGAGUGCUCCUCUCUGAACCAGCGUCACUGUAAGGAGACGUUCAACCUGUACCACUACCAGUGUGACAGUGACGAGGCCACGCCCACUCACCCUGCGUGGAUGGAGAACCCGUACGUCAAGGUUUCCACGGUGGCGGCCGACCACCUGCUGCGGCGCGGCGGCGAGCGGCGCUCCAACGUGAAGCAGCUGCGCCUGGAUUCGCUGCGGGGGGGCGGGCUGUACCUGGCCUUCCACAGCCAGGGAGCCUGCAUGGCCCUGCUGUCCGUACGUGUCUUCUACAGGAAGUGCCCCCCCCUCCGCCGAGCCUUUGCCUCCUUCCCCGAAACCGUCCCCCACUCUCUGGUGGAGCAGGCUCAGGGUGUGUGUGUGGAGAAUGCCGUGACCCCGCCCGGCGAGCAGUCUCAGCCUCCCAGCAUGCUUUGCGGCGAGGACGGUCAGUGGGUGGGUCAGCCGACGUCCAGCUGUGCCUGUCGCCCCGGUUACGAGGCCGGCGACACCGACGUGCGCUGCCGAGCGUGUCAGUCCGGUCAGUUUAAGGCGGGUUCAGGACCGGCUGGAUGCGCUCCCUGUCCGUCCAAUAGCAACACUCUGAUCCCAGGCUCCGCCUACUGUCUGUGUCGCCACGGUUACCAUCGAGCUGACUCCGACCCGCCGGACGCCACCUGCACACGCCCCCCCUCUGCUCCCCGCUCCAUCAUCAGUCAGAUCAACGACACCACGGUGACGCUGGAGUGGAGCGAGCCGCUGGACCGAGGAGGACGCUCCGACCUCAGCUACCGAGUCCUCUGCUCCUCCUGCGGGACCCUCACCAAGGGAGCAGCGGAUCCCUGCUCCCCAUGUGAUGACCGGGUCUUGUACCAGCCGUCCCAGCUGGCUCUGACUCAUCGCCGCGUGGUCGUCUGGGGGCUCCGCCCACACACCAGGUACACCUUCACCAUCCAAUCACUGAACGGCGUCUCUGCCGUCAGCCAAUCAGAGCCGGCCUCCGACAGAGUCAACGUCACCACCAGCAGAGACGUCCCGCCUCCUGUGACCGGGCUGAGGAGGACGGCGGCCUCGGAGUCCAGUCUGACUGUAGACUGGACCGGUCCGGCUCUGCCCAACCAGAACCAGGUCCUGGACUACCAGCUCCGCUACAGCCCCAAGGACGGCGAGGGGGCGGGGCAGUGGCAGUACGUGUCCAGCAGGUCUUCUUCGGUGGUGGUGUCGGGGCUGCGGCGGGCCCAGCUGUACCUGGUCCAGGUUCGGGCUCGCUCACAGGCGGGAUACGGAUCGUUCAGCGCAGCGAGCAGCUUCAACACGCUGCCCGACGGUGGCGGUCACUCUCAUCUAGUGCUGACCGGAGUUCUGGUCACUAUGGGAAUACUACUGCUUGUCGCCGUGGUGAUUGUCGCCGUGUAUUGUUACCGGAGGAGGAAGGAGUCAGAGUCAGAUAAAGGACACUAUCAGAUGGGACAGACGAUUAAGGUGUACAUCGACCCGUUUACCUACGAGGACCCUAACGAGGCGGUGAGGGAGUUCGCCAAAGAGAUCGACGCCUCCUUCGUUAAGAUCGAAGAAGUGAUUGGAGCAGGUGAGUUUGGGGAGGUGUGCCGGGGGCGUCUGCGGGUCCCGGGCAGGAAGGAGAACUACGUGGCCAUUAAGACUCUGAAGGGCGGCUACACGGACAAGCAGAGGCGGGACUUCCUGUCGGAGGCGUCCAUCAUGGGUCAGUUCCAGCACCCGAACAUCAUCCACCUGGAGGGCGUCAUCACCACUUCCUGUCCCGUCAUGAUCCUCACCGAGUUCAUGGAGAACGGAGCGCUAGACAGCUUCCUGAGGAUGAAUGAUGGACAGUUCACCACCAUCCAGUUGGUAGGAAUGCUUCGUGGCAUCGCGGCUGGGAUGAAGUAUCUGUCUGACAUGAGCUUCGUCCACCGAGACCUCGCAGCUCGUAACAUCCUGGUCAACUCCAACCUGGUCUGUAAGGUGUCAGAUUUCGGGCUCAGCCGGUUCCUGACUGAAAACUCUUCCGACCCAACGUACACCAGCUCUCUGGGAGGGAAGAUUCCUAUUCGCUGGACGGCUCCUGAAGCCAUCGCCUACAGGAAGUUCACGUCAGCCAGCGACGCGUGGAGUUACGGUAUCGUGAUGUGGGAAGUGAUGUCAUACGGAGAACGACCGUACUGGGACAUGAGCAACCAGGAC